AUGGCUGGGAAAUUCGAGCCAAAGGCGCCUGUCAACCUCGACCCUCCCAAAGAUGACCCGAUCACUCUGGAGGAGCUAGCUCAGGCAGAUGGAACUGAAGGGCGUAAAGCCUAUGUAGCCAUCAAAGCAAGUCAUCGUUUCUCUCAAGCCCCUCUUCAUAGAAUUGAAAUUGGCAAAAUAUACGAUGUUACUGGUAACAAGAUGUACGCGCCUGGCGCUGGUUACAAUGUAUUCGUCGGCAAGGAUGCUUCACGGGCACUAGCAAUGACAUCGACGAAGCCUGAGGAUGUGAAGCCGGAAUGGCGAGACUUACCCGACAACCAGCAGAAGGUUCUGAAUGACUGGGCGGUAGAAGUGUAUACCCAAAGAAUAGAGUUCAAUUCUAUCCCACUCAUUAACGCUUGCAUGCCCUCAGGUCUGAUCCAGAUUGCGUGA